AUGGGAAUGAAGAGCACUGGAGGAGAAAUUAUUCAGGUCCAAGGUGGCCACAUUAUUCGGUCCACUGGGCGUAAAGAUCGGCACAGCAAGGUUUACACAGCCAAGGGUCCUAGGGACCGCAGGGUCCGGUUAUCGGCUCAUACUGCAAUACAAUUUUAUGAUGUUCAAGACCGGCUAGGCUAUGAUCGACCCAGCAAAGCUGUUGAUUGGCUUAUCAAAAAGGCGAAGAAUUCAAUUGACAAGCUUGCUGAGCUACCACCAUGGCAACCUAACAAUACUAACGCAAACUUGGAAGCAAACCAGAACGCUGGAUCUAGUGAAAUGGCAAUUGCAGAGGAACCGGAAUCAUCUGGCUAUAGUUUUCAGCUCCACAGGCAAUUGGCUGAUCAUAAUCCAAGUAAUGAUUCAUCUUUCCUUGCACCACCCAUAGACCCUGAUGCCAUUUCUGACACCAUGAAAUCUUUCUUCCCAACAAGCUCCACGAACUCAUCAAUGAACUUCCAAAGCUAUCCUACCAUAAUUUCAAGAACCACAAACCACGCUGAAGAUCUUGGCCUAUCCCUUCACUCUUUCCAAGACCAAGGUCUACUUCAUGGGCAGUCGCAGGCAGACACAAACCAUACACCUUCAACUGAUCAUACUCUUUUCGAAGGAUCAGCUCCGGUAGGGUUUGAUGCCAAUUUUCAGAGAAUGGUGGCUUGGAACAAUGACACCAAUGCAGAGAAUAGAGUUGCUGGGGGAUUUGCAUUUAACCCCCCACCACUGACACCACACCAAGCGAUGCUAGCCCAAGGCUCAGCAUUUUCUCAGAGGGGGCCCCUUCAGUCCAGUUUUCCGCAUUCCAUUCGCGCAUGGAAUGAUCUUCAAAUGGCAUCCACGGACCAUCAUAGAACACAGGAACUUCAUCAGUCCUUGAUUUUUGGGAGCAGGUUUGCAUCUGAGGGAAUGGCAGGUUUUAGCAUUCCAUCACGAAUUCAUGGUGGGAAUGAGCAAAAUGUUGUAUCAGACAGGCCAACUUCUUCUCCAAAUUCUCGGAAUUGA